AUACUCCUUUCCUUUAUAGAAUAUAGAAUAUCCCAUUAUGCGUUUUCCAUAGACCCCUUACAUUCCUUCACCAAAUCUUGUGUUCCAUAUUAAUCAAUCCAAAACAUCGUUUAUUUUUUUUAACACCUUUAGCUGUUAACCGACGCAGUGCUACAUCAUGUCCUCUUCUCUAUCUGUAAAUCUUUCUCUCUCUACUCAUCCUUUAUUUGCAUACUCUUCAAAUUCAAGCAAUUCUUCUUCUUGUAAUCUAUACCUUACCGAUUCUGUUAAAGUUUACCCUUUUUCAACAAAACCCAUUAGCCUGAAUUGUAGAAAAAGAUGUUUUUCUGAGUUUCCAAGGUUGAAGAGUGAGAGGAAAAGAAGGGUCGGUGUUGUUAGAGCAAGUGAAACGACUGUUACAGAGAUGAGUGAAGAAGAUGGGGAACAAGAGGAAAGUCCUCCUUCGAUUGAUUCCGAGAACAAUUCAAAGCCUCGUCGUAUUGCUCUCUUUGUUGAGCCUUCUCCUUUUUCAUAUAUAUCAGGGUACAAAAACAGGUUCCAGAACUUUAUAAAAUAUUUACGGGAAAUGGGAGAUGAGGUAAUGGUUGUAACAACACACGAAGGGGUACCACAGGAGUUCUAUGGAGCAAAGCUGAUUGGAUCGAGAAGUUUCCCCUGUCCUUUGUACCAGAAAGUGCCCCUUUCCUUGGCACUCAGUCCAAGAAUAAUUUCAGAAGUUGCACGGUUUAAGCCUGAUAUAAUACAUGCCUCUUCACCUGGGAUCAUGGUUUUUGGUGCUCUCUUUAUUGCAAAACUACUAUGUGUACCCAUAGUGAUGUCUUACCACACCCAUGUUCCAGUGUAUAUCCCAAGAUAUACUUUUAGUUGGUUGGUGAAACCUAUGUGGUUGAUAUUAAAAUUUCUUCAUAGAGCAGCAGAUCUUACACUGGUUCCAUCAGUUGCAAUUGCAAGGGAUCUCCAAGCAGCUAGGGUAACUGCUGCUAGUAGGAUUCGUCUUUGGAACAAGGGUGUGGAUUCUGAAAGCUUCCACCCGCAAUAUCGUUCUCAUGAAAUGCGUUUAAGAUUGAGCAAUGGUGAACCAGAGAGACCACUGGUAAUUCAUGUUGGUCGUCUUGGAGUUGAGAAGAGUUUGGAUUUCCUCAAAAGUGUUAUGGAUAGACUUCCUGAGGCUAGAAUUGCUUUUAUUGGGGACGGACCAUACAGGGAAGAGCUAGAGAGAUUGUUUUCAGGCAUGCCUGCAGUUUUUACUGGAAUGUUACAAGGUGAAGAGCUCUCUCAAGCAUAUGCAAGUGGGGAUGUAUUUGUGAUGCCUUCAGAAUCCGAGACACUCGGACUUGUUGUUUUGGAGGCCAUGUCUUCAGGAGUCCCUGUGGUGGGUGCUCGUGCCGGUGGGAUCCCAGAUAUAAUUCCAGCAGACCAGGAGGGCAAAACCGGCUUUCUCUUUAAUCCUGGAGAUCUUGAUGAUUGCUUGAGCAAACUGGAGCCCCUGUUACAAAAUCAGGAGCUCAGAGAAACCAUAGGCAAAGCUGCACGCAAAGAAAUGGAGAAGUACGAUUGGAGAGCAGCCACUAAGAAGAUACGAAAUGAACAGUACAACGCCGCCAUUUGGUUUUGGCAGAAGAAGAGAAAACAGUUACUUAGACCUCUACAAUGGCUGGCAAAACGACUUUUCCCGUCCCCGGAGAUCAACUAUAGGUGAUUUAGUUGGUUGGUAGAAAGAAAGGAAAUUGAAAGUUUAUAGGGAUUGUCAACUUCUUAUAGGCUUUCAAAGAGGCUCUUGUAUGGUAUUUAUGAUUGAUUCUUUUGCAGCAACGUUUACUUGUUGUAUAUUAUGGACGUCAAAUCAUUGGGAUGCAAGUUUGCUGU